AUGGCGCCCGCAAAGCAAAAAGCCCAGAAGAUGUCCAUAGGGACCUUCUUGGCCGAUGAGAACUUCGGCUCCUGGGCUGAUGAGAUGGAUGAUAUGCCCCUGCCUGCCCCUGCUGCUUCCAGCUUCGGAGGUGAACGUCGUGCCGCUGCUCCCUCUACGUCUGGAUUCGGUGGAAGCAAUUUUAAUGACCGCGGCUUUGCCAUGAGGGAGCCUCUGCCCCUUCCCACUCAGCCCCCCUAUACUGCCCAUGUCGGGAACUUGUCCUUUGAUGCUGCUUCGGCCGAUAUCUCCGACCUCUUUGUUGACUGCGGCGUGACGAACGUUCGUAUUGUGGAGGACAAGUUGACCAAGAGCCCCAAGGGUUUUGGAUACGUUGAAUUUGAGACUGUUGACGGUCUGAAGAAGGCUCUGGAUCUCUCGGGAGCAACUCUUCAGGGAAGGGCUAUCCGAGUCAGCAUCGCUGAGCCUCCCAAGGAACGUGAUGUGAAGGAGUUUGACUGGACCCGCAAAGGCCCCCUCCCUGAAGCGCCUCAGCGCCGUGUGCCUGAGCGCUCUUCCUUCGGACGCAACCUCGAUAAUGUCUCUGACGCAGGCAGCGAACGCAUGGGCGGCGGACGUCGCAGCAAUUUCGAAAGUGACGGCAAGUUCCGCGAUCUUUCCAACUGGGAACGUAAAGGCCCUCUUUCUCCACCACCUAUGAGGGAAGGCGGCCGUCCUCGCAGCAACGAAGGUCCAGGCUUUAGAAGGAGCUCGCCUGCUUGGGGUGAGGGACGUUCCCAAGAUGGAUCCCGGCCCCCUCGUCGCGAAUUCCAGGAGCGCACUCCCACUGCUGCCGACCUUGAUAAUCAAUGGAGGGCCAGGAUGAAGCCAGAUCAAGCCGCUGCUCAGCCUGCCGCUAAUGAACCUAGCGCCCCUUCAUCUCCCGCCACACCUGCUGCUGUUCCUGUCGCCGCUCCUGCCACACGGCCCAGGUUGAAUCUCCAGAAACGCACCGUGACGGAGAGCCCCGCCGCUGGUACCGAAACCAAGUCCAGCAUCUUCGGUGGUGCAAAGCCCAUCGACACUGCUGCUAGGGAGAAAGAGGUCGAGGAGCGACGUCAAAUUACCCUGCGUCAAAAGAAGGAAGCCGAUGACAAGGCAAAGGCUGAGAAAACAGAGAAGCAGCGAGUCACCAAGGACCAGACUAAGCCUGAGAAAUCAGGAUCCACCGCUGAUCCCAAUAGUCAAGACACUGCCGAUACUCCUCAGGGUGGUAAAAACUUCGAGAUCCUCCGGCGGGCCGGUGAGGAAGAGAAUGAUAACACUGCCAAUCCAGAUCAGGGUAAGGAGGCUGGUGACUCCGCCGCUACUGCCGAUGCACCCCAGGAGGCCACCGCCAGCAAGACCAACGGCUCUUGGAGGGCUGCGCCUACAUCCACCGAGAACGCUGCCGAUGAAGAGGGCUGGAGCACUGUGGGAUCAAGGCAGCGCAACAACCGCCGCGGUGGCCGCUCCUUCGCCUAG